GCUUCCUAGAGGUCCAGCCUAGCCCCCAGGCACCAUGUCGGACAGCGAUCUAGGUGAGGAUGAAGGCCUUCUGUCACUGGCUGGCAAGAGGAAGCGCAGGGGGAACCUGCCCAAGGAGUCGGUGAAGAUCCUCCGGGACUGGCUGUAUCUGCACCGCUACAACGCCUACCCCUCAGAGCAGGAGAAGCUAAGUCUCUCAGGGCAGACCAACCUCUCAGUACUACAGAUAUGUAACUGGUUCAUCAACGCCCGGCGUCGCCUUCUCCCUGACAUGCUUCGGAAGGAUGGCAAAGACCCCAAUCAGUUCACCAUCUCCCGUCGUGGGGGUAAGGCUUCCGAUGUGGCUCUCCCCAGAGGCAGCAGCCCCUCCCUGCUGGCUGUGUCUGUUCCGGCCCCCACCAACGUGCUCUCUUUGUCUGUGUGCUCCAUGCCGCUCCACUCGAGCCAAGGUGAAAAGCCAGUAGUCCCCUUCCCGCAGGUGGAGCUGGAAUCCCCUAAGGCCCUGGUGACCCCUGGAAGCACACUCACUCUGCUGACUAGGGCUGAGGCUGGAAGCCCCACAGGUGGACUCUUCAAUACACCGCCACCCACACCCCCAGAGCAGGACAAGGAAGACUUCAGUAGCUUCCAGUUGCUGGUGGAGGUGGCGCUGCAGAGAGCUGCUGAGAUGGAGCUUCAGAAGCAGCAGAAUCCAGCACCCCCGUUACUACACACUUCCCUCCCUCUGGUCUCGGAAAAUGCCAAGUAGGCACCUGCUACCAGGCUGCUUGAGGCUCAGGCCAGCUGUCCCAGGUUCCUGGUUCACUUCUCCUUCACACAGAGGGUUAUCUACGGAUCACUGCCAAGCAUCUGGAUCAUCUCUGUCCAGAGGUCCUCAGCAGAAAGACAGCAGCUGGUGUCACUGCACUGUUAUGGGGGCCUGUACUCUGCUGACUACAUUCCUUCAAACUUCCUCUCUGAGGAGACCAACGCACCAGAGCCAGGCAUGGUGUUGCUGCUGCUUCUCCAGAGAGCCCUGGGACACCUGCACUCCAGCCUGCUUUCCUAGGCAGGCUCAGGAAACCUGCCAAGUUCAGACUUGAGCUAGGUCCAAGCUGCCCCUAAGCUGUGCCUCUUUUGGUCAAGCCAGGUGUGCACAUUCCAACCUACUCAAAGGACAAAGGAAAAGACCCAGCAGACAUCACAGAACCGACUCCAGUUGAAUGUUUAGGUUUUUGCUAAAUUGUUUUUCCUUUUGCUGUGGUUUGCAUUGAUGGCAGUAAGUAGCCCGGAAGCAUGGGUGUGGGGAGAGAGCACCUUAUACGAUGGAGCUUUAUAAACGGGGUGAUCUACCACUGCAUUGGGGAUGAUUGUAUAAGGGACCAGCAGGAUCUCUGCAGCCGUGCUGAAUUCCACCUGGAAGUGGUUGUUUGAGUCUUGGUUUGGACUACUCUAUUGUAAAAGAAGGAAAAUACCUACAGGUGUUGGAUUAUUUGCACCAGACAGAAGGGGAUAAAACCGAAGCCAAGUCCACCUGAACCAAACAGCCAUUUAGACAGACAGCAGAGACAGAUAAAAAAGCCAGAGACAUA